AUGCAAAAGGGAAAUACAAGUGGCAUCUCUGAAUUCCUCCUCCUGGGACUCUCUGAGCAGCCAGAUCAUCAGCUGAUUCUCUUUGGCCUAUUCCUGGCCAUGUACCUAGUCACCACACUGGGGAACCUGCUCAUCAUUCUGGCUAUUGCCUCUAACUCCCACCUUCACACCCCAAUGUAUUUCUUCCUGGCCAACCUCUCCUUCAUUGAUACCUGUUUUACUUCUACCACAGUCCCGAAGAUGCUGAUGAAUAUCUGGGCCCAGCAUCAGACCAUCUCCUAUGCUGGGUGCCUCACUCAGAUGUAUUUCUUCAUGACCUUUGCUCUUCUGGUUGACUUUCUCCUUGCUGCCAUGGCUUAUGACCGCUAUGUGGCCAUUUGCCUCCCUCUCCACUACACCACAGUCAUGAGCCCUGCACGCUGUGUUCUGCUGGUGACUAUAUUCUGGCUCUGCUCCCACCUCAUUGCCCUCUCCCUCACUCUCCUCAUGGCUCAGUUCUCCUUUUGUGGAUCCCAUGUGAUCCCCCACUUCUUCUGUGACCUCCUACCCCUUCUCAAGCUCUCCUGUUCAGACACUAGCAUCUCUCAGGUGGUGAUGUUCAUUGAUGCCAGCUUGGCUGGUUUCAUCCCAUUCACUUGCAUUUUGUUCUCCUAUAUCCACAUUAUCUCCAUGAUCUUCAGGGUCCCUUCUGCUGAUGGGAAGCACAAAGUCUUCUCCACCUGUGGCUCCCAUCUCUCAGUGGUCAUUCUCUUCUAUGGAACUCUCAUUCUGGUGUAUUUACAGCCUUCAUCUUCCUACUUGGCAGACACAGGAAUCAUCAUAUCAGUGAUGCACACAGUGGUGACCCCAAUGCUGAACCCCUUCAUCUACAGCCUGAGGAAUAAGGACAUAAAAAGAGCCCAAAGGAAGCUGCUCAGCAAGGGAAUAGUUCCCUCUUGGUGA